AUGUCUGAACGCAAAGUCCUCCAAAAGUACUAUCCCCCGGACUUCGAUCCUUCCAAGAUCGCCAGAUCCCGCGUUCCCAAGAAUGCCGGCCCGAAGGUAAUGACCGUUCGCCUCAUGGCGCCCUUUUCCAUGAAAUGUAUGUCGUGUGGCGAAUACAUCUACAAAGGACGGAAGUUCAACUCUCGAAAAGAAACGACGGAUGAAAAGUAUCUCAAUAUCCCCAUUUACCGCUUCUAUAUCAGAUGCACGAGGUGCAGUGCGGAAAUCACAUUCAAGACGGAUCCGAAGGGCAUGGACUAUACGUGCGAGCGGGGCGCUAAACGUAAUUUCGAGGUUUGGAGAAAAGCCGACGGGGAGGACGAUGAUCAUAAGUUGGAGACGGAUGAAGAGAGACUGGAUAGGCUGGAGGCGGAGGAGGCGGAGAGGGGCGCGAUGGAGGUGUUGGAGGGGAAAGUGGUGGACGCGAAGCGCGAGAUGGAGAUUGCGGAUGCGUUGGAUGAGAUCAGGACGCGGAAUGCGAGGAUUCAGAGAGCGGAGGGGAAGGGGGAGGUGGAUAAGGCGUUGGAACAGGCUGAGAGGGCGAGAGCGGAGUUGGAGUUGGAGAAGAGGAGAGUGGAAGCGGAGGAUGAGGAGGCCGCUAGGAGGGCUUUUGGCAGGGGGAUCGAGAUUGAUGAGGGUGUCGAGGGUGGGGUCGGGGGGGGGAACGGAUAUGGCUGGGGAUGGGGAUGA